AUUCACCCGAACUCCUCUUUGACCCACAGAAAUAAGUCCGACAGAGACGUGCGUCGACGACAGGCUUAAGCUGUCGGCGAUGGAAGGAUCCCGUCUGUUGCAAAGUGCUCUAUUCAACUGGCAAAUCGUUCUGCCUGGAUUCUUCCUCUACAUUGCGAUACAAUACGUCGUAUUCAAAGGUUUCUUAUGGAAACAGAAAAGAUUACCGCCCGGCGUUCACGGCUGUCCCGGUCUAGGAAUUCUACCAGAACUGGCAUUCGGUAAAAAGAAACUCCGCGAGCUACUGAUGGUCUACGAGAGCCUCCACGGCGAGAUCUUCAGAUUAUCCAUGGGUCUCCAGGAGAUAUACAUGCUACAAGGAGCCGGAGCCGUCCGAAAUGCCCUAAAGGAUCCGUAUUUGACCGGUUGGCCCGUAGCGGCUCGACGAUCCCUCAGCGGCAACCCUAUCGACUGGACGCGAGUGCAGGAUGACAUCAGGGCACUUCUGGAGAAAGGCGACCCGUGCUCGAGAUUCCGCUUUGGUGAAGACGAGCUCGACACGUGUGCAUCCUUCGAUGGCGAUGCGAAAUAUCUCCGGAAGACGAAUUCGACGAUUCUCCAGUGCUGUACCUCAAUGAAGGCUGGAAUCGCAGACAGGUUCGAGCUGCUGACCCAUGAUAUUGGUCAGCUGGUGAUGCCAGAGGUCGACGAACAGAAAGUCAGGGACAAGACUUCAGAGAGCCGUCGAUUCAACGAUGACAUCGCCGAAGAUGCCGCACUGUCAUUCUUCCCGCAAGGGAGACCAGAGAAAGUGCUGACCGUAAUCAAGGAGCGCAUGACCCCCGAUUUUCGGAAGCAGAUAAGGAGGGAACUCGAUGCUCUUCCGAGCCAGCCUUAUUGGAAGGACAGCCAUCGGAUGCCGACUUUGAUGAGGCUCAUAUCAGAUGCCUUCCUGGAAGCUCACAGAGACUUCUACCUGAUACGGAGGUGCACGCGAGAUUCGAAAUUGCUCGGAUACGACAUACCGAAAGACGCCGUCCUGGUUUUCAAUUUGAGAGCGAUUCCGACCGGGAAGAACUCAGAAGAGGAGAAUGAUCUCAUGGGCUGGCCCUUCGAAUUGGGCGACAGGAUAUCUCCUUUCGAAAUGGCAGCUCUUCUGCAGAUUUUCUACGCCACUAUCGCUUUCGUUCGGACGGAACGCUGACACUUGACCCUCUACUCCGGCGAUCCAAGCAACAAGGGUCGAGCGAUGAUAUUUCCCCUCACAUGAUGAUAUCACCGCCAGAACCGAUUCCAACACGAGGACAGGCCGGGGCUGGUACCCGAACAUUCGCGAGUUGUACAGAUAUUGUUCGGAGAAAACUCGUACAAUUAAGCCUGCUGAUCGAGUCUCAUGCCUGAGAAGUCCGAAGUUUUGCUGGUCAUCGACCCCAGUGGUGUCUCUGCAUUGUCACCGAAUUUCCGGUAGCAUCAUGAAUCCUGACUCGUUGAGUCGGUCCGGGGUCAAGUUUCCAGUUUCCCCUCGUCACGAGAUAGUGGAUGAUCAUGGGAGGGGGUUCGUUCGAGCGUUCUCUAGGCCUCUUCCGAAUAUCUUAUGAGACUCUCCCGCGAUAAUGGAGGUUUCACCACGACGCAGUCGCAAUUUUGUGUUUUUUUCUCCUCGAAGGAGGCCUUGCUCCCCUCCACAGAAUGAGCCGCAGCGUCGUCCGAAGCUUCCGCAUGGGUUCUGAUGGGGACCAUCUCAACGGGAUUAGGAAUUGGAGCUCCAGACCCACGACGGGCUGCCUACGGCAACCUUCAUAUUCCUUUUCGACUU